UGUGCUCCUCCCUCAAACACACCUUAUGCAAAUGCCACAAUUUUCAGAAGGCACAGCAGGCUUUGUUUACACAGCUAUCCGACCGCAGCCAGUUAGCCUGCUCGGCUGUGCUCUGUUUCAGCAAGUGUGAGUUCAGAGUUUGGAGGGAAAGGAAUUGCCACUCGAACCACGAGGGAGUGCAACCAAAAGAUUUUUCUUUGCUCAGGGGCCACAACUGUGGUGAAAUUCUUCAUAGGAGGAGGUGAAACCAGAGAACAUUUUGUUCUUCGGUUUUGUUUGAAAUGCUUCUUUGACAAAACCCUCUACCCCAGCGCUCACUGCUGUGUCUUCAUUGGACAAGGUGGGACAUACAGUAGAUGAAGAGAAGAACGGGCGGCAAUAUUUUCAAGCUUGUGUUGUGCCUAACUAAGGCACAACUCUGAGGGAAUCUGGAAAAGCCAAGUUUUUUUUCUUUUGGAACACACUUUAAAGGAUUUGUUACAUAUUAGUGGGAAAGGGCUGCUCUGCUGUGCUAUGUAUAACAGCUCCCAUUCACUUCAUAUCUGAGAGGAAUAUUUAAGAGAGAGAAAAGCGGCCAUGGAGUGGGACCAGAGGGAAAGAGAGCACUCCUUGUCCCCAGCAGCAUUUGUUAAUCAGGUGCAAUACUCGAACAUCUUGGAAGGAAGGUUUAAACAGCUACAAGAUGAGCGGGAAGCGGUUCAGAAGAAGACCUUUACCAAAUGGGUGAACUCUCACUUAGGCCGAGUGACCAGUCGCAUUGGUGAUUUGUACACUGACCUACGCGAUGGCCGUAUGCUAAUCCGCCUUCUGGAAGUGCUCUCAGGAGAACAGCUGCCAAAGCCCACCAAGGGACGCAUGCGUAUCCACUGCCUGGAGAAUGUUGAUAAAGCCCUGCAGUUCCUCAAGGAGCAAAAAGUCCAUCUGGAAAACAUGGGCUCCCAUGACAUUGUGGACGGGAAUCACCGCCUCACACUGGGUCUCAUCUGGACCAUUAUCCUUCGCUUCCAGAUCCAGGACAUCAGUGUGGAGACGGAAGACAACAAGGAGAAAAAGUCAGCUAAAGAAGCCCUGCUGCUUUGGUGCCAAAUGAAAACUGCUGGAUAUCCCAACGUCAACAUUCACAACUUCACUACCAGCUGGCGAGAUGGUCUGGCGUUCAGUGCCAUCGUGCACAAACACAGAUCUGACCUGAUUGAGUUUGACAACCUGAAGAGAUCCAAUGCUCACUACAAUCUUCAGAAUGCCUUCAAUGUGGCUGAGAAGGAACUGGGCCUUACCAAGCUGCUGGACCCAGAAGAUGUCAAUGUUGAUCAGCCUGAUGAAAAGUCCAUCAUUACCUAUGUGGCCACCUACUAUCAUUACUUCUCCAAGAUGAAAGCCCUGGCGGUGGAGGGCAAAAGAAUUGGCAAGGUGCUGGACUAUGCGAUUGAAGCUGACCAGCUGAUAGAGAAGUACGAAACCCUGGCUUCAGAGCUGCUGCAGUGGAUUGAGCAGACCAUAGGGACGCUCAAUGACAGGCAGCUCGCUAACUCACUGAAUGCUGUGCAGAACCAGCUUCAGGCUUUUAACUCCUACCGGACUGUGGAGAAACCCCCCAAAUUUACAGAGAAAGGAAACUUGGAGAUUCUUCUUUUUACUAUCCAAAGCAAAAUGCGAGCAAACAACCAGAAAGUCUACAUGCCAAGAGAGGGCAAACUUAUCUCAGACAUCAACAAGGCAUGGGAGCGACUGGAAAAGGCAGAGCAUGAACGUGAGCUGGCGCUGCGAAAUGAGUUGAUUCGACAGGAGAAGCUGGAGAUGCUCGCUGCUCGUUUUGACCGCAAAGCAGCUAUGAGGGAGACAUGGCUGAGUGAGAACCAGAGGCUGGUGUCUCAGGACAACUUUGGAACCGAUCUGGGAGCAGUGGAAGCUGCCACCCGUAAACACGAGGCCAUCGAGACAGACAUUGGGGCAUAUUGGGAGCGUGUGGCUGCUGUGGAGGCUGUUGCAAAGGAGCUGGAAGCAGAGGGAUACCAUGAUGUGCGGCGUGUAAUUGCUCGAAGGGAUAAUGUGCUUCGACUCUGGGAAUACCUGAAAGAGCUUCUGGUUGCACGCAGAGAGCGGCUGAAUGCCCACUGUGCCCUACAGAGGCUCUUCCAGGAGAUGUGCUACAUCAUGGACUGGACGGCAGAUAUGAAGAAUCGUCUGCAGUCUCAGGACAAUGGCAAACAUUUGCAUGAUGUGUUGGACCUUCUUCAGAAACACAAUUUGGUAGAGGCUGACAUUUCAGCUCAGGCAGAGAGGAUCAAAGCAGUGCAGGGAGCAGCACAGCGCUUCACUUCCUAUGAACAGGCCUACAAACCAUGUGAGCCAGGACUAGUAGGUGAAAAGGUGGACCUGCUGGGUCAAGCCUACGAAGAGCUUGGUCAGCUUGCCUGCAAACGCAGAGAGCGGUUGGAGGACUCUCGCCGCCUGUGGCAGUUCAUGUGGGAUGUCGGAGAGGAGGCAGCCUGGAUCCGAGAGCAGGAGCAGAUCCUGGCUAGUGGAGACUGUGGGCGUGACCUCACUUCUGCUCUUCACCUGCUCAGUAAACAUGAGGCUUUCAGAGAUGAGAUGGCUGCCCGCUAUGGUCCCCUAAGUAACAGCAUUGCUGCUGGGGAAGCUUUGGUUAACGAGGGACACUUUGGAGCCCCAGAGGUCACAGAGAGGAUUGAAGACAUCCGUUCACAGUGGGCAUAUCUUGAGGAGACAACUAAACUGAGAGAGCAGAGACUCAAAGAAGCUGUGGCCCUGCAACAGUUCCAAACAGAUGCCAGUGACAUGGAGGCCUGGAUCAUGGAGACACUUAGACAGGUGUCAAGUCAGGAGUUGGGCCACGAUGAGUUCUCCACUCAAACUAUAGCUCGCAAGCAGAGGGAGAUAGAUGAGGAGAUCCAAAGCCACCGCCCCGUCAUCGACUCCUUGCAAGAGCAGGUUCAAGCACUACCGCAGGCCUAUAUACAAUCCCCUCAGGUGGAUGGCCGCCUACCUGCUAUUGAACAGAGUUAUGAAGAACUGGAGACUCUGUCAGUAGCUCGGCGGCAGGCUCUGGAAGGUGCCCUGGCUCUUUACCGCAUGUUCAGUGAAGCAGGCGCCUGCCAGCUCUGGGUGGAAGAAAAGGAGCAGUGGUUAGACAGCAUGGAGAUCCCAACUAAACUGGAAGACUUGGAGGUGGUGCAGCAGAGAUUUGAGACGCUUGAACCUGAGAUGAAUAAUCUAGGCACUCGAGUCACUGAUGUUAAUCAGGUGGCAGAGCAGCUGCUGAGCUCUGACAACUGUAGUAAAGACCAAAUCCAUCAGACAAAAGACCAACUCAACAGCAGAUGGACAGAGUUUGAACAACUGGCUGGUCAAAAGAAACAUGCCCUCGAGUCUGCCCUCAACAUUCAGAACUACCACCUGGAGUGUAAUGAGAUCCAGACUUGGAUGAAGGAAAAGACCAAGGUGAUCGAAUCUACUCAGAGUCUGGGCAAUGACCUGGCUGGAGUGAUGGCACUGCAACGCAAACUCACAGGCAUGGAGAGGGACCUGGAGGCCAUUCAGGGCAAAUUGGAUGACCUAAGAAAUGAGGCAGAAACACUGGCCAUGGAACAUCCAGAUCAGGCAGGAGAGAUCCAAGGCCGCCUGGUUGGGAUUCAAGAGGUGUGGGAGGAGUUGAACGCGACCAUGAAGCGACGUGAGGAAUCACUGGGUGAAGCCAGCAAGCUGCAGGGCUUCCUAAGGGACCUGGAUGGUUUCCAGUCCUGGUUGUCCCGCACCCAGACAGCCGUGGCCUCAGAGGACAUUCCCACUUCUCUGACUGAGGCUGAGAGUUUACUAGCCCAGCAUGAGAAUAUAAAGAAUGAGGUGGAUAACUAUAAGGAGGACUAUGAGAAGAUGCGUGCAGUCGGUGAGGAGGUCACCCAAGGUCAGACCGAUGCCCAGUACAUGUUCUUGGCUCAGAGGCUCCAGGCACUGGAUACUGGAUGGCAUGAGUUGCGUCGCAUGUGGGAGAACCGCCACAGUCUUCUGGCCCAAGCCUUUGACUUCCAGACUUUUCUAAGAGAUGCAAAGCAGGCGGAAGCUUUCCUUAACAGCCAGGAGUAUGUUCUGUCCCAUACAGAGAUGCCUGCAAGUCUACAGGGAGCAGAAGAGGCCAUUAAGAAGCAUGAGGAUUUCCUCACUACCACAGAGGCCAGUGAGGAGAAGAUAACUGGUGUAGUGGAGAACGGACGGCGCCUCAUCAAUGACUCUAAUGCUAACUCUGAUAAGAUCCAGGAAAAAGUUGAUUCUAUCCAGGAAAGGCAUUUUAAGAAUAAGGAGUCUGCAAAUGAACUGCUGACGAAGCUUAAGGACAAUCGUGAACUUCAACACUUCCUCCAAGAUGGGCAAGAGCUCACAUUGUGGAUCAAUGAGAAGAUGCUGACGGCCCAGGACAUGUCUUAUGAUGAGGCCAGAAAUCUUCACAGCAAGUGGCAGAAGCACCAGGCCUUCAUGGCAGAGCUGGCCUCUAACAAAGACUGGCUGGACAAAAUUGACAAGGAGGGUCAGGCUCUGGUGGCAGAGAAGCCUGAGCUGAAACCUGUUGUCCAGCAGACCCUGGAGGACCUACAGCGUCAGUGGGAGGAGCUGGAAGGCACCACACGCACCAAGGCCCAGUGUUUGUUCGAUGCUAACCGGGCUGAGCUCUUUACACAGAGCUGCUCCUCUCUAGAUGUCUGGCUGAAGAACCUCGAGGGUCAGCUGCAUAAUGACGAAUACGGCAAAGAUUUGACCAGUGUCAACAUCUUGCUCAAGAAGCACCAGAUGCUGGAGCACCAGAUGGAGGUCAGAGAGAAGGAGGUGCAGUCCCUGCAGUCUCAGGCUCUGGCGCUGUCCCAGGAGGACGCUGGACUAGCAGAGGUUGAUGGUCAGCAAAGGCGUGUCACUGACAACUUCUCAAACCUCCAGGAGCCUCUCAAACUGAGGAGACAAAGACUACUCGCCUCCAAAGAAGCACAUCAGUUCAACAGAGAUCUGGAGGAUGAAAUUCUAUGGGUGAAAGAGAGGAUGCCCCUGGCUAACUCCACAGACCAUGGAAAAGAUCUGCCUACUGUUCAGCUGCUUAUCAAGAAGAACCAGACAUUACAGAAGGAGAUCCAGGGCCACCAGCCUCGCAUUGAUGACAUCCACAAACGAGGGAAGACUCAGAGCCAGGUCGAUGGUGAGAGACAGUCUGUCCUAGAGGAGCGUCUCGUUGAGCUGAAGGACCUUUGGGACCAACUGAUUGGCGAGACAGACAAACGUCAUGCACGUUUAAUAGAGGCCAAUCGCGCCCAGCAGUUCUAUGCUGAUGCAGCGGAGGCCGAAGCUUGGAUGGGCGAACAAGAGUUACACAUGAUGUCAGAAGAAAAGGCCAAGGAUGAGCAAAGCGCACUAGUGAUGGUCAAGAAGCACCAGAUCCUGGAACAGGCACUUGAGGACUACGCCCAAACCAUUCACCAGCUAGCCAAUAGCAGCCGUCUCAUGGUCACCAGUGAACACCCAGAGAGUGAGAGAAUCACCUUACGGCAAGCACAAGUGGACAAGCUGUAUGCUGGGUUGAAAGACCUCGCUGAGGAGCGUCGUGGGCGGCUUCAGGAGAGACUGCGGCUGACCCAGCUGAAGCGGGAGGUGGAUGACCUAGAACAGUGGAUUGCUGAGAGGGAGGUGGUUGCCGGCUCCCAUGAACUAGGACAGGACUAUGAACAUGUCACAAUGCUGAGAGACAAGUUCCGGGAGUUUGCUCGUGACACCAGCACUAUUGGCCAAGAGCGAGUAGAUGGUGUAAAUGGGUUGGCAGAUGACUUGAUUGAGUCGGGUCAUCCUGAGAAUGCCAGUGUGGCUGAGUGGAAGGAUGGUCUAAAUGAGGCCUGGGCAGAUCUGCUGGAGCUGAUCGACACACGCACACAAAUGUUGGCUGCCUCCUAUGAGUUGCACCGCUUCCAUCAGGAUGCCAUGGAGGUGCUCGGACGUGUCAAGGAAAAGCAUGAAGCACUGCCUUCUGACCUUGGCCGUGACCUGAACACUGUCCAGCAUCUACACAGGCAGCACAACACGUUUGAACAUGACAUCCAGGCCCUCAGUGGACAGGUGAACCAGGUGCAAGAGGAUGCAGCCCGGUUGCAGAAGGCUUAUGCUGGAGAGAAAGCUGAUGACAUUAACAGGAGUGAAAAUGCUGUGACUUCUGCCUGGGAGGGUUUGCUCAAGGCUGGUCAGGCCCGCAGGCUCCUCCUGCUGGACACGGUGGAGAAGUUCCGCUUCUUCAACAUGGUGCGAGACCUCAUGCUAUGGAUGGAUGGCGUCAACCUGCAAAUUGACGCACAUGACAGUCCAAGGGAUGUAUCAUCUGCAGGGCUGGUCAUUGCCAAUCAUCAGGACAUCAAGUCAGAGAUUGAGACCAGGGUUGACAGCUUUACUGCCUGUACUGAGAUGGGAAAUACUCUCAUUAACAACAAUCACUAUGCAGCUGAUGAGAUUCGGGAGAAACUAUUUCAGCUCCAGGAAAAGAGAGACAGGAUCAAUAAAAACUGGCUAGACAAGAUGGACCAUCUACAAAUUGUGCUGGAGGUGCUGCAGUUUGGACGGGAUGCCUGUGUGGCAGAGUCUUGGUUGGCAGGUCAAGAACCUCUGGUGCGAGCAGCAGAGCUGGGCGCAAAUGUGGACGAGGUGGAGAGCCUUAUAAAGCGUCACGAGGCCUUUGAAAAACUUGCUUCAGCCUGGGAAGAUCGCUUUGUCCUACUGGAGAAACUCACUACACUUGAGGAGCAGGAGAUCCAGAGGAGGCGAGAGGAAGAGGAGAGGGCUCGCCGACCCCCCACACCACCCCCAGUCGAAGAAGUGGCACAAUCUGAGGCAGAAAGUCAUCCACAUGAUUCGGCAGCCAGAACCAGUUUGGACCAGACCACCCUCAAUCAGACUGUGUCAGUGAAUGGAGUACAUAGUGAUAAUGAUACAUCUCAGCAGUCAUUAUCGCUACCGUUGUCAGUGGGAAAGAAAUCAGAACCUAAACGUGUGUGUAAGCCAAAGCAUCCGGAGCGUGGCUCAGAGUCGGAGUCGGUGAACGGGCCAGGUAGAGACAGUGGGCUGGCAUCUUCUCGCCUCGAGCCGUCUGCAACGUUACCAGGCAGGGGUGGAGCAGAGUCCGAGCCAGACACCAUGGAGGGGAUGCUCUGUCGAAAACAGGAGAUGGAGUCCCACAGCAGAAAGGCAGCUACCAGGUCUUGGCAGAACGUGUACUGUGUCUUAAGAAAAGGAAGUCUGGGUUUUUAUAAAGAUGGCAAGAGUGCCAGCAACGGAAUUCCAUAUCAUGGAGAGGUACCCAUCAGCCUCGGCGAGGCUGUGUGUGAGGUAGCAAACGGCUAUAAGAAGAGGAAACAUGUGUUCAAGCUCAGGCUAGGGGAUGGAAAAGAGUACCUGUUCCAAGCCAAGGAUGAGUCGGAAAUGAGCUCCUGGAUCAGCUCCAUCCUCAGUUCCAUUCCAACAGGAUCAGGAGACUCACCCGUAGUUCCGCGGGCCCUCAGCCGCGCCAUGACGAUGCCUCCUAUCUCCCCCAGCUCAGUUGAUACUGGAAGCGUCACCAUGCGCAACAAAGAGGGGAAAGACAAGGAUCGAGAGAAGAGGUUCAGCUUCUUUGGCAAGAAGAAAUAAAACACUUGUAAAAUCAGUGAUGGAAACUAGAUUUGUCAAAUUUCAACACAGUGAAGCAGGCAGAAUGAAAAGUACAAACAGGUCAAACUAACACACUGCUUUCAGUGCAGGCCCCAAGGAAUUUGUCCACAGCUACUGUACGUGGCACACAGUGAACUUUGUUUCUUUUCUUUCUCUCCCUCGCCAGUUUUAUCUGUCAUUUAUUUUUUCGUUCACCCAGUUCUUAUUUCACAUUUAUCUGCACCCAACAAUGAAAGCCCUCAUCCAAAGGCAGUUUCAGCCAACCAGCAGAGCUCAGUGUGAGUCAGUAACAGGUCUGGUUGUCGUAAGCAGGGAUCCAGGCCCAGUUCACUUCCAAUCUCCUCUUCAGCAUGAUGGUUUUAUUUCCCUCACUCUUAAGUGCUCUCUCUUUGGGAAGGAUCACAUCAGUCUUUUUUUUCUGUUCUCGGUAUUGAUGUUAUUAACCUGACCAAUGUUAUUGCUAUUAUUAUUAUUAUUAUUAUUAUUUAUCUUUUGCUGUUGCUGGUUUGAGAAAACUAAUUUGACAGUAGAUGAUCUUGAUUCAUGUUGUGGAGAGAAAUAAAUUUAGUUUCACUAGUGGAGAAUGUAGGGCUUGCCCUUGUAUGUAUUUCUUUUGACAGUUAUUGAGGUGUUUUGAGAAAAAAUAAAACUCUUUCAAUUUUA